GCAACUUUCUCUCCCCCAGAGCUUUCAACCGCUUUUCAUCACAAUCUCCCCUCUGUCCUUCUGCAUCAAUCUCAAUUGAUCGCAGACACGUCCGAACAGCCUCUUGAGCUCAUCGGAAAUGUUCUCAAGAGCCAUUCGCCAGUCGAGCCGACGGGUCGCUGCAAUCUCUGCCUCUGGCAGAAUUGCUUCGACCCGAACCACACCCGCCGUCUUCAACACCACGACGAAGCAGGUUCGAAGCUAUGCCUCCGAUGCCAAAGCCGCUCCUACCGAGGUCUCUUCCAUCCUCGAGCAGAGAAUCCGCGGUGUGCAGGAGGAGGCUGGCCUCGCCGAGACUGGACGUGUGCUCUCUGUCGGUGACGGUAUUGCCCGUGUCCACGGUAUGAGCAAUGUCCAGGCUGAAGAGCUAGUCGAGUUCGCUUCUGGUGUCAAGGGCAUGUGCAUGAACUUGGAAGCUGGCCAAGUCGGUGUUGUGCUUUUCGGUUCCGAUCGAUUGGUCAAGGAAGGUGAGACUGUCAAGCGGACGGGAGAGAUUGUUGAUGUCCCAGUCGGUGAGGCUCUUCUCGGCCGUGUCGUUGACGCCCUCGGAAACCCGAUUGAUGGAAAGGGCCCUAUCAAGACCACCGAGAAGCGCCGUGCCCAGCUCAAGGCCCCCGGCAUUUUGCCCCGUCGUUCCGUCAACCAGCCUGUGCAGACUGGUCUCAAGUCUGUCGACGCUAUGGUUCCCAUUGGACGUGGCCAGCGUGAAUUGAUCAUUGGAGACCGUCAGACCGGAAAGACUGCCGUCGCCCUGGACACUAUGCUCAACCAGAAGCGAUGGAACAACAGCAACGACGAGACCAAGAAACUUUACUGUGUCUACGUUGCCGUUGGUCAGAAGCGAUCCACUGUUGCUCAGUUGGUCAAGACGCUCGAGGAGAACGACGCUAUGAAGUACUCUAUCAUCGUUGCUGCCACUGCCUCCGAAGCCGCUCCCCUACAGUACAUUGCUCCCUUCACUGGUUGCUCUAUGGGCGAAUGGUUCCGCGACAACGGCAAGCACGCUGUCAUCAUCUAUGAUGACUUGUCCAAGCAGGCUGUCGCCUACCGUCAAAUGUCUCUCCUGCUCCGUCGUCCUCCUGGGCGUGAGGCCUAUCCCGGAGAUGUCUUCUACCUCCACUCCAGACUCCUAGAGCGUGCUGCCAAAAUGAACGACAAACACGGUGGUGGCUCUUUGACUGCCCUGCCCAUUAUUGAAACCCAGGGUGGUGAUGUGUCUGCGUACAUUCCCACCAACGUCAUUUCCAUCACCGAUGGCCAGAUCUUCUUGGAAGCCGAACUUUUCUACAAGGGUGUCCGACCUGCCAUCAACGUCGGUCUUUCCGUGUCCCGCGUUGGUUCCGCUGCCCAGCUCAAGGCAAUGAAGCAAGUCGCCGGUUCCCUGAAGCUCUUCUUGGCCCAAUACCGUGAAGUUGCUGCUUUCGCCCAGUUCGGUUCUGACUUGGAUGCUGCUACGAAGCAGACCCUGAAUCGUGGUGAGCGUCUCACAGAGCUCCUCAAGCAGAAGCAGUACUCGCCCAUGGCUGUUAACGAGAUGGUUCCUCUGAUUUUCGCUGGUGUUAACGGUCUUUUGGACAAUGUUCCUGUCAACAAGAUUCUCCAGUGGGAGUCUGACUACCUAGCCCAUCUCCGAUCCAACGAGUCUGAUGUCUUGGCCCAGAUCGAGAGGGAAGGUGCGCUUAGUAAGGAGCUGGAAGGAAAGCUGAGGGAUAUUGCCGUGAACUUCACCAAGGCCUUCGUGUAAAGGCAGGGUUCUAGGUGUGGGUAAUCUCUUUCCAAGGUUUUUACGGGUCAAAAUGUGCUGAUUGGUCUCUGAGAAUAGAUGUAUAAUAGAAGAUGCGUUCUCGCCAUCAGCUGUCUGAAUAUGGAAAGUUCUCUCCGAAUAGCUAGAAGCGGUCCAAACCACUCAAAAACCGAUUCACCUCUUGCUCCUCCGCCAAUUCCCUUUUUUGUCAGCCG